AUGUUUUUCUUCCUUUCUCAAGCUAGAGCAGCCCUUAACGAAAAGCCCUAUAAUCAGACCAAACAUGCGACCGGAAAGAAAGAGAUUCCCACAGCAAAUGGUUAUUUAAAUUUCUCAUUUUGGAAAUAUAGCGAUUUUCGUGAUUUCAAUGAUUCAUUUCGAUGCGCUACCGACCCAGAUGGUUGGUGUUACGUUUUAUCAUACUUCGAUAUCCCUUGGGCUAAGCGAUCAAUUGCAUUGUCAAGUAGAUACUUCCAACUUUUUGCGAGUAAUCGCCUAUCAAAUUCGCUUCUUAAUUCGCUAUAUAAUGGUGGUUGUGUCAACAACUCUUUUCCAAAAUCUAGCGCUUCACAAGUAUCAACAGUUACAGAUGAUCAAAUCAAAUUUUCAAGAUGUAAAAACAUGUUUCAGACUCUUGAAAUGAAGGCAUGCCUUGUGGAUCCAGAAAUACUUAAUUAUCCGAUUUCCGAUUUUGAUCGAUUAACUCAAAUUUCCCGAAAUAUGUUUCCUGAAUGCGAAACUGUAUUAAAAGACUUCCCAUGCUUAGCUUUCCAUCCUAACAUGAAGUAUAUGACAACAGUGGUUAAACAAACUAGAACUGAGAAUAAUAAUAAUAUCAUCUAUACUGAUCAUUCUAAUGUCAGAAUUUGCAAGAGUUACGCUGAUAAGGUAUAUGAUAAGUGCAGAUACGCCAAAUCUAUCUCCGACAGUAGCUUAAAGGUCCAAUACAAAGAUUCAUGGACAGUUGAACCGAAAAUGGGCCUUGAUGAUUUUUACAAGAAGCUCCAAAUCUACUGGUUUAACCAAUCUGAUCCAGAAGAGAUGGAUAGACCAGGAAUUAACUGCUGGGAUCCAACUAAUAUUACUAAUAUUACUAAUAUUACUAAAAAAAACUAA